CCCCGUUCCCGGGGGGCUCCGCCGCCGCCGCCGCCGUUCCGACCUCCGCUGGCAGCGGCUCCUCCGCCUUUCCCCAUCCCAAAUUUCCCUUCCCCCCAUCCCCUUUCCCACCUUUCCCCCCCCCCCAAAUCUCCCCGGCACUUUUGGGGCCCGAUCCCAAAAUCAGCGGGAAUGUCAAGAUCCCGGUAGCGGUAAAGCUCCGGGGUUUUAUCGGUGAUUUAUCGAUUAUUGAUUGAUUUUAUUUUUAUUUAUCCCGAGCCUUUUCAGCCUCCCCAAAAAAGGGCUGGAAAUUCCCUCUCCAUGAAAUUCCCUCUCCAUGAAAAUCCUUCUCCAUGAAAUUCCCUCUCCCUGAAAUUCCCUCAUCUCCCCAGUUAAUUUAAUUAAACUGGGAUCAGGGAAUUGUCCCUUCCCGCAGCCCGGAUCGUAUCCAGGGAUUUGAACUCUGCUGCUGCCAGAUCCACGCCGGCCCUGCUGCUCCAGUCGGGAAUUCUGCCAGGAACGCUGCCGGGAAUUCUGCCAGGAGCGCUUUCCCCUCGGGAAUUCUGCCGCUCCCUCGGGAUGCGCCGCCGCUUCUCCUUCUCCUCGCUGCUCCGGUGCGGCCGCGGGCGAUCCCAAAUCCCGGAUUUGGGGCCGCGGAGCCGCUCCCAGGAAUUCCAGCCGGGAAGAGCCGGGAGUUCCAAUUCCUGCAGGAAUUCCAGCCGGGAAGAGCCGAGGAUGGCCCGGACCUGCCGCGAUUCCCACUUUUAUUCCUACGGCAUCAAAUUCGCGCUCUCUGCCUACGCCAUGCUCUUCUCAUUCCGGGUGCUCCUGCUGAUCUUCCUGACGGAGCGGCUGCUGAUCCUCCUGGAGAUCAUCUUUGGAGCAAGGAAUCCAAGCCCUGAUGGAGCUGGGGUGGUGCUGAUAAUUGGGAAUGCUGGGGAGAAAUCCCAGGAAUGCUCAUGGAGCUGGAAUAUUGCCAUUAAUUGGGAAUGCUGUGGAGAAAUCCCUGGAAUGCUGAUGGAGCUGGAGUCCAUUGGGAAAUCCCGGGAAUGCUGAUGGGUCCGGAGUUAAUUGGGAAAUCUUGGGAAUGCUGGUGGAUCCCAGCACGAGCGCUCCCCUCCUCAUCCUCCCCAUCUGCUCCCAAAUUUCAGCCCUUGGAAGAUGGAUUGGGCUGGAUCCUGCCAAAAUUUGGAGGGAAUUCCGUGGGAAUUCAGCUCCCCCAAGCAGCCGGACCAUGCUGGAGGAUGAGGAUGGGCUGAGCGAGCGCCGGAGGAGAUUCGAGGAUGAGGAAGACUACCACUCCAUCUACAUCGGGGUGCCGGUUCCCCGCGGUUUCCGCCGGCACCGGCGCCGCCGGCGCUCGCCGGGCUCCAGCCGGGAGCGCAGCAGCAGCGAGCGCCGCUUCGGCCACCGCGAGCCCUCGGACACCGACGAGGGCCAGGGCUGGCCCGAGAGCGGCAACGAGAACGCCAGCAGGACCAUGUCCCCGGCCGCGGAACGGCUCCGGUACAUCCUGGGGGAGGAGGACGAGCCCCCCACGCCCACGCUCUUCACCGAGAUGGACACGCUGCAGCGCGACGGCGACGACAUGGAGUGGAAGGAAUCCGCCAGGUGGAUCAAGUUCGAGGAGAAGGUGGAGGAAGGCGGCGAGAGGUGGAGCAAGCCGCACGUGUCCACGCUGUCGCUGCACAGCCUCUUCGAGCUGCGGACGUGUCUGCAGACGGGCACGGUGCUGCUGGACCUGGACGGCUACUCCCUGCCCCAGAUCAUCGACGACGUCAUCGAGAAGCAGAUCGAGGACGGGCUGCUGAAGCCGGAGCUGCGGGAGAAGCUCAGCUACGUCCUCCUGCGCAAGCACCGCCACCAGACCAAGAAACCGAUCCACCGCUCGCUGGCCGACAUCGGCAAGUCCGUGUCCUCCAGCACAGCCCGCAGCCCCGGGCGGGGCCCGGCCGCCGGCGCCGCCUUCCACCGCUCCACCGAGGACCUGCGGCUGCGGCAGAGCGCCGGCUACGGCCGCCUGCGUCACGCCCAGAGCCGGAGCAUGAACGACAUCUCGGACACGCCCAGCACUGACCAGCUGAAGAACAAGUUCAUCAAGAAGAUCCCCAAAGACGCCGAGGCCUCCAACGUGCUGGUGGGGGAGGUGGAGUUCCUGGAGAAGCCCUUCGUGGCCUUCGUGCGGCUGCUCCAAGCCACCAUGCUGGGGGGCGUGACGGAGGUGCCCGUCCCCACCAGAUUCCUCUUCAUUCUCCUGGGUCCGGCGGGAAAAGCCAAGUCCUACAACGAGAUCGGCAGGGCCAUCGCCACGCUCAUGGUGGAUGAUCUCUUCAGCGACGUUGCCUACAAAGCCCGGGACAGGGAGGACCUGAUCGCCGGCAUCGACGAGUUCCUGGACGAGGUGAUCGUCCUCCCACCUGGCGAGUGGGACCCCAACAUCCGCAUCGAGCCUCCCAAAAAAGUGCCCUCAGCUGAGAAGAGGAAGUCGGUGUUCUCGCUGAACGAGGUGGGGCAGAUGAACGGCGCGGCGGGCGGGGCGGGCGCCGGUGGAGGCGGUGGUGGUGGCGGCAGCGACGAUGGCGAGAUGCCCGAAGUCCACGAGAUCGGGGAGGAGCUGGCCUGGACGGGCAGGUUUUGUGGUGGCCUCUACCUGGAUAUCAAGAGGAAGCUGCCGUGGUUCCCGAGUGACUUCUACGAAGGUUUCCAUAUCCAGUCCAUCUCCGCCAUCCUCUUCAUCUACCUGGGCUGCAUCACCAACGCCAUCACCUUCGGCGGGCUGCUGGGCGACGCCACCGACAACUACCAGGGCGUCAUGGAGAGCUUCCUGGGCACGGCCAUGGCCGGCUCCAUGUUCUGCCUCUUCGCCGGGCAGCCCCUCAUCAUCCUCAGCAGCACCGGCCCCAUCCUCAUCUUCGAGAAGCUGCUCUUCGACUUCAGCAAAGGCAACGGGAUCGACUACAUGGAAUUCCGCCUGUGGAUCGGGCUGCACUCGGCCCUGCAGUGCCUUAUCCUGGUGGCCACCGACGCCAGCUUCAUCAUCAAGUACAUCACGCGCUUCACCGAGGAGGGCUUCUCCACCCUCAUCAGCUUCAUCUUCAUCUACGACGCCAUCAAGAAGAUGAUCGGGGCCUUCAAGUACUACCCCAUCAACUCCGACUUCAAGCCCGACUACGUGACCAUGUACAAGUGCGAGUGCGUCGCCCCCGACCCAGCCAACGCGACCUCGUUCGAUGCUCCAGCUCCGGUGGCACCGAACACCACUAACGUGUCUCUGUCCAAUGCUCUCAACCUCACAGCUCUGGACUGGACCCAGCUGAGUAAGAAGGAAUGUCUCAAAUACGGCGGCAGCUUAGUGGGAAAAUCCUGCAAAUUCGUGCCCGACCUGGCCCUCAUGUCCUUCAUCCUCUUCUUCGGCACCUACUCCAUGACCCUGACCCUGAAAAAGUUCAAAUUCAGCCGCUACUUCCCCACCAAGGUCAGGGCUUUCAUUGCUGAUUUUUCCAAUGUCUUCUCCAUCCUGCUCUUCUGUGCCGUGGACGCCUGUUUCGGCCUGGACACCCCCAAACUCCACAUCCCCAGUAUCAUCAAGCUCCGUAAGCUCAUUAGCGACUUCUCGAUCUUUAUGUCCAUACUAAUGUUUGUGGGGCUGGAUGUGCUUUUCGGACUCAACACCCCAAAGCUCCAAGUGCCUACCGACUUCAAGCCCACGCGCGUGGACCGGGGCUGGUUCGUGUUCCCCUUCGGGAAGAACCCGUGGUGGGUGUACCUGGCCAGCGCCCUGCCCGCCCUGCUGGUCACCAUCCUCAUCUUCAUGGACCAGCAGAUCACGGCCGUCAUCGUCAACAGGAAGGAGCACAAGCUGCGGAAGGCAGCCGGGUACCACCUGGACCUGUUCUGGGUGGGCAUCCUGAUGGCCGUGUGCUCCUUCAUGGGGCUGCCCUGGUACGUGGCCGCCACCGUCAUCUCCAUCGCCCACAUCGACAGCCUCAAGAUGGAGACCGAGACCAGCGCCCCGGGGGAGCAGCCCCAGUUCCUGGGGGUCAGGGAGCAGAGGGUGACCGGCAUCAUCGUCUUCGUUCUCACGGGCAUCUCGGUUUUCCUGGCUCCUAUCCUGAAGUACAUCCCCAUGCCGGUGCUCUACGGAGUCUUCCUCUACAUGGGCGUGGCGUCACUGAACGGCAUCCAGUUUUGGGAUCGCUGCAAGCUCUUCCUGAUGCCGGCCAAGCACCAGCCCGACUACGUGUUCCUGCGGCACGUCCCGCUGCGCCGCAUCCACCUCUUCACCCUGGUGCAGAUCGUCUGCCUGGCCGUGCUCUGGAUCCUCAAAUCCACCGUGGCCGCCAUCAUCUUCCCGGUCAUGAUCUUGGCCCUGAUCCUGGUCAGGCGGCUCCUGGAUUUCGUCUUCUCCCAGCACGACCUGGCCUGGAUCGACAACAUCAUCCCCGAGAAGGAGAAGAAGAAGGAGGACGACAAGAAAAAGAAGAAAAAAGGCAACAAAGGGGACAGCAGCAGUGAUGAGGAGGAACGAGGGCCUCCACCCGGAGCUCUGCGCUCUGACUCCUCCCCGAACGGCUCGGACAUGGAUCGCAGCAUCACCCUGCACCUGAAGAUCUCGUGCCCGUCCUCCCCCGCCUUCAACUUCUCCCGCAGCGUCUGCGCCGUGCCGCAGGUGAAGAUCGAGAUGGAGUCGGACUACGAGGACAGCGACACGGAGAAGGCGCCGCGGGACAUGGGCAGCGAGACCACGCUGUGACCCCGCCCGAGUUUAACUUAUACAUCCAUAGGAA